ACUCAAAUUGUAUACACAAACAGCUUGAAACCAUGAGAUCUUCAACUUAUGACAAAGUUUGCUCUCUAGCUUAUUGCUUUAUCUUCUUGUAUGUUCAGCUUGUUUCAGCUGCAGACCUUGUUUCUGCUUCUGCUUCUGCUUCUGCUUCUGCUUCAGUAGAAGCAGAAGCUCUUCUCAAAUGGAAAGCCAGCUUUCGAGAUCAAACCCAAAAUAUUCUGACCUCAUGGACUUACCUUCCCAAUACUCAUGUCACCAAUUCAUCAAUCCCAUGCAAUUGGACUGGUAUUUCAUGCGACAAACCUGGAAGAGUCACCGGGAUAAAGCUUAGCAAUUUUCUUCUGCAAGGUACGCUCCAUGCAUUUUCUUUCUUGGCCUUCCCAAAUCUUGCAUAUGUUAAUCUCAGCAUGAAUAAACUCUUUGACACCAUCCCACCCGAAAUUAGCUACCUCUCCAAACUCAUCUCUCUUGAUCUCUCUCUUAAUCAAUUUUCCGGGAGAAUCCCACCAGAAAUUGGUUUCCUGAAAAAUCUUAAAGUCCUCCUCCUCUUCAGAAAUAACCUUUCUGGCUCUAUUCCUAAGGAGAUAGGAAGCUUAAAAUCAAUUGUGGAUCUAGAGUUGUCAAACAAUCAACUAGAUGGUUCAAUUCCCUCUUCAUUUGGUGAUUUGAGCAGCUUAAAAACCUUGAACCUCAGUUACAACAACCUUUCUGGCUCUAUUGCUAAAGAGAUAGGGAAACUGAAAUCUAUUGUGUGUCUAACCCUGAGGAAUAAUCAACUGAACGGUUCAAUUCCCACAUCUCUUGGUGACUUGAGAAAAUUGAAAAUCUUAUACCUCCGUCAGAAUCAACUUUCCGGCACGAUUCCUGAAGAGAUAGGAAACUUGAAAUCUCUUGUGUAUCUAGGGUUGAGCGUCAAUCAGCUCAACGGUUCAGUUCCCACUUCACUUGGUAACUUACUCAAAUUAAAAACUUUAAAUCUCCGUCAGAACCAGCUUUCGGGAUUCAUCCCCCAACAAAUGGAGAACCUCACCAAGUUGAUUGAGCUUCAUUUGGAUACCAACCAAUUCUCUGGUUAUUUACCCCAAAAUGUUUGCCAAGGGGGAUCUCUCACAAACUUCAGCAUAAACAAGAACCAUUUCAUAGGUCCGGUGCCAAAGAGCUUGAAAAAUUGCACAAGCUUAAUCAGAGUACGCCUUGAAGAGAAUCAAUUAACUGGUAACAUUUCUGAAGACUUUGGUGUCUAUCCAAAUCUUACGUUCUUAAGGCUAAAUGACAACAACUUCUAUGGUGAAAUUUCACAUAAUUGGGGACAAUGUCCAAAUCUGAAAGACCUAGGAAUGGCAGGAAACAACCUAACUGGUAGCAUACCACCUCAGAUUUGCAAUGCAACCAAGCUUCAGGAGCUCAAUCUAUCUUCAAAUCGUUUAGUUGGGAUGAUUCCAAAGGAAUUCGCAAGGUUGACUUCUUUGCUGGAGUUGAGGUUGAAUGACAAUCAACUUUCGGGUCCUAUACCCUCAGAAUUUGGAUCACUUGUUGAUCUUGAUUAUCUUGACCUAUCCGCCAACAAAUUCAAUGACUCCAUUCCUAAAAUCCUAGGUGACUUGCUCCAUUUACACUACUUGAAUGUGAGCAAUAAUGAGUUCAUUCAAGAAAUUCCACUAGAGUUGGGGAAUCUAGUUCACCUAUCCACGCUAGAUGUAAGUUAUAACUCACUUAAAGGCAACAUACCAUCACAAAUGAGCAAUAUGCAGAGCUUGGAAAAUCUGAAUCUUUCCCACAAUAAUCUUUCUGGCCUCAUUCCAAUAACAUUUGAAGACAUGCACGGCUUGUGGUGUGUUGAUAUAUCCAACAAUGACUUCGAGGGUCCCCUUCCCAACAUCACAGCAUUUCAACAUGCUCUCCCACAAGCAUUACUAGGGAACAAGAGAUUGUGCGGCCCCAUUGGAUCGUUUCCACCCUGCAAAAGUAUCUCAAAGAAGGAUCACAGACUGGUAACUUCAAUCAUAAUCUCGCUUGUGGCGACACUUUUACUGCUAUCUGUUACAAUUGCUUGUGUAGUAGAAAGAAAAAAGAAAUAUAAGCAUGUAGAAAAAGAGAUCAAGGAUGAAGAACAUUUUGUUUCAGUGAUGAUAAAUUGUGAUGCAAAAGUGAUGUAUGAGGAUAUCGCAAGGGCAACAGAAGAUUUUAAUUCUGCAUAUUGCAUUGGGAAGGGAGGGCAUGGAAAUGUAUACAAAGCAACUUUGUCAUCUGGCAACAUAGUGGCAGUGAAGAAAUUCCAUGUGUUCUCAAAUAUUGGUGAGAAGAAUUGCCAGAAGGAAUUCUUAAAUGAAAUAAGGGCCCUAACCGAGAUACGACACCGAAACAUUGUGAAGCUUUAUGGUUUUUGUUCGCAUCCACGGCACUCAUUCUUGGUGUAUGAGUAUCUAGAAAGGGGUAGCUUGGACAUAGUCUUGAGCAAAGAUGAGGAAGCUAAAGAAUUCGGGUGGAGUAAAAGGAUAAAUAUUGUCAAAGGUGUAGCUCAUGCAUUGUCUUACAUGCACCAUGAUUGCUUGCCACCAAUUGUGCAUAGGGACAUAUCGAGCAAAAACAUUUUGCUGGAUUCUGAAGAUAAGGCUUGUGUCUCAGACUUUGGCACUGCAAAGAUUUUAAACCCAGACUCGGCUAAUUGGACUGCCGUUGCAGGCACAUAUGGAUAUGUUGCACCAGAGCUCGCGUAUACAAUGGUGGUGAAUGAGAAAUGUGAUGUUUAUAGCUUCGGAGUGGUGACAUUGGAAUUAGUUAUGGGCAGGCAUCCGGGAGAUUUUUUCUCAUCUCUAUCAUCAGGGUCCUCAUCAUCAUCAUCAACUGCAUUACUUGGCCAUCAAAUGCCAAUCGGAGAUGUUCUGGACCAACGCAUUUCCCCUCCUACACAUCAAGUUGCAGGGGAAAUUCUUUCUCUUGUGAAGAUGGCAUUUUCAUGCUUGAAUGCAAAUCCACAAUCUCGUCCAAAAAUGGAACAAGUAUCUCAACAACUGGAAACUCAGAGGCUGCAUUUGUCAAAGUCCUUAGAUCUGAUAACAUGUGGUGAAUUGCUUUCUCUGAAUGGUUUGGCUACCUAAUAAGAAUGGUUGUGCUUCUUAAGUUUCACUUGAUGUCAGUGAUCUUCUAGUUCUUCUUAGUCACGUUGUUAUAAAUUCUAUUUCAUGUCUGUUUCUGUACUUUUCUGGUGCUUUAUGUUUGUUGCAUUGUAGUUGGAAGUAUUUUCCUGUGUGAAAAGUAAAUAAAAUUAA